CUCGAUUAAACUCAAUAAUAUCAGAUUUUGAAACAUAAAUAACAAAAGAAAAAGUGAAAUACACUAUUAAAACACUUACAUGGAAAAGAAAGCCAGCAAAUUCCAGCUUAAUUUUAACUAAAAAAAUCCUAAAAUGGCCAGAGGUGCAGUGUGGUAAUGCUUAAAUAUGCAAUUAAAUAUUAAACAAAUACGAGAAAUCUAAAAAUAGACACAGCCAAACAAAAGGAAAUUAAAAACAUGACAGAUGAACAACAACAAAGCGGUAACAACAAUAAUGAAACUUCAAAUCCAAGAAGUCAAGACACUCCACAAUUGGAAGAAGCUGCCAGCUCAACAAUUCCAUCUUUAGAUACUAAUGUUUCCAUGCUGACAAGCGGUAACGGCAGCUUAAAUUUCCUGUGCCCAACUGUAGAUUUUUCAGAGAUAUCGUUUAAAGAGAAAGUUGGCCAUGGUUCUUACGGUGUGGUUUACAAAGCAAUUUGGCGUGAUCACUACGUAGCGGUAAAAGAAUUUGGUCCUAAAGCAGAACAAAAAGCGAUAGAGACCGAAGUGAAGCAGUUGUCCCGCGUCCAACAUCCCAACAUAAUAGCUUUAUAUGGUUUGGCCGCAAAUCAAAUGUCGACUUACUUAAUUAUGGAAUAUGCUGAAGGUGGAUCGCUAUAUGAUUUUUUACAUGGCAAAGCGAAACCCUAUUAUUCCACUGCACACGCAAUGAGUUGGGCCCGUCAAUGUGCUGAGGGCGUGGCUUAUUUACAUGCUAUGAAACCAAAACCUCUAAUACAUCGUGACUUAAAGCCCUUAAAUUUACUGCUUACCAACAGAGGAAGACUUUUAAAAAUUUGUGACUUUGGGACAGUGGCUGAUAAGUCCACCUUGAUGACUAACAAUAAAGGCAGUGCCGCCUGGAUGGCUCCGGAGGUUUUUGAAGGUUCAAAAUAUACCGAAAAAUGUGAUAUAUUUAGUUGGGGUAUUGUUUUAUGGGAAGUGCUAUCACGGCAAAAGCCAUUUAAAGAUGUUGAUAACACGUACUCGAUUAUGUGGAAAAUUCAUAAAGGAGAACGACCGCCUCUGAUAGCAGAUUGUCCAAGGCCGAUAGAAAAUUUAAUGACUUCUUGUUGGGCAACCAAACCGGAAUUGCGACCUUCUAUGCAGCAUGUAGUGGAAGUAAUGAAUGAAUUAGUCUUGGGAUUCCCGGGAGCUGAAGAGCCCUUGGAAUACGAAUUUGUGAAUCAACAGAUCAUCAGUCCCACUUCUAAUCAAUCUACUGCAAAUAAUUACGUAUUGGAUUUCAGUAAUUUUAGUUCGUCCAGUUACAGCAGUGCCACUACACAAGUUACUCAUCAGACCAGCGUUGCAUCUUCUACCUCUGCGUCCAGUACACCCACCCCUACUAAUCCGCCGGAAAACAACGUGGAAAACUUAAUUAGUUUCCCUUCUGAUAUUCAGACAACAACAGCAAUAACGACUGCACAUUGGGAUACCAUACCCGAGGAAUCAGAAACUCUGUCAAGUGAUCAAAAUGAAGUAGAUGUUUGCGAUACAUUCAACGUGGCUACUUCAAACGAAUCUAUACAACGCUACCAAACUAUACGUAACAACAUGUUACAAAUGGCUUCCGUUCCUAUGGCUCCUUUAUCAAUCGACAUUGAUCCCAAUGCUUGGGAUCUAAAUGAAAGUGAUAGCACUACGAAUUUGGCCAAAACUGAUGGCAAAGAACGUCUUACAGUCACUGAUGCCAAACCGAUAAUGGCAGCUGAUAAAUUACCGACACACGCGAGCAAAGAAAUCGAAACACAGCUCGAUGAAGAUGACGAUAACAAUGAAUCAUGGCAUGAAAUGUUAGAUACUGAACUACAGCCGGAACAACCCAUUGCCGAUAAUGCCGAAUCGCAAGAAAUUUAUAACGAUCACAGACAUUUAGCGAAAGAAUAUCUAAGAGUUAAUACGAAUUUAUAUUAUGUUCAGGAUUUCAAGGAGAAAUACCUUUUGAAAAUGGAUCCGGAAGAGCGGAGAGAAAAAGAACAAAUAUUGCAGAAAAUGAGCGAGAAGACCGAAUUGCUCGAGUUGUAUAACAAUCUGAAACAGCAAUUGGAUGUUUUGCGUACGGGACAAACAUUAGAAUCGCAUCAAUUUAAAAAUGACAAUUCUCAAAGCAGCGGCGAAGUCGAGUCCGAUGAUAGUUGGGUUGUUAUACCAUCUAAUCAGAGUGCCUAGAUUUAAAUUGAUUAAUUGAUUUUUUCACUUUCAAUUUAUACUUAUGUCUUAAUUUUUUUUUUUUGAUAAAAUGAUGUGCCAUUGUGUGAGUGACAAUGUCUAAGAAAUUUGUAUGCCUGUGAUCUCAGAACAAAGUUGUUAGACUAAGAUGUGAAAUGAUUUGUUUAAUAUUUAUUUUUAAGAGUGUUUAAGUCAUUAAUAGAAUGUUAAUUAUGUAGAAUUAAUUAAGUUAAGUUCAUUGUAAAUAAAAGACUUUAAUUAGAAAAUCAAAA